AUGUCCUUUAUACGAAAUCGUCUCCUGCGCUCCGCGUACGACGAGCUUGUUGUGUUCGGCAGCCGCUGGACACGAGUGCUGACUGUGUCCGUCGAUGCCGCCGAAGUGGGGCCGCCGCACGUGCAGAGCCACCUGGCGCACCCUAUCAUCACCGUUAUCCCGACGCUGCACGUAGCAGGCAUCAAGUUCUAUGACCGUGUGCUGGAGUACAUUGACCACGCCGUGAAGCGCAACAAGGACACGCUGGUGCUACUGGAGGGCAUCUGCGACAGCGAGGCGGCUGAGAAGCAGCAGAUGCAGGAGUACCAGGACAUCAUGCGAAACGACGCCCUGCGGCAGACAAUGCUUGCCAAGGCUGACGACAACACCCUCUACUCACCUGAAGUGAUGCGGGAGAUUUGCCAGGAGAUGGACAUCCGUUACGAGCUCUUGCAGUCGAUGGAGUCCACGGUGCGCCUGCAGGAGUGCUACCUGAAGCCCAAGCUGGCUGCCAUGUGCGGGCUGAACCUGCGCAACCACGCCGACUUGCACAUGCACGAGGUGCAGCGCCUACUCGAGGAGGAGUCCGAGAGGCUUCAAACGCUCGGCGAGCGCCUUCCAUCCAGCAUUGCGGUGAGUCAGCUUGGCUCCUUCCCUGUAAUUCGCAAGCACCGCGAGCGCAAGGUGGCGCAAGUGGCGCGGAUGCAUUGCACCCGCUGGUUCGAGCAGGAAACGGACGGCGAGGUGAUCAUCCCAUGGGGCUACUUUCACACUGAGGCAAUCAUUCACUACAUCCUAGAAGGAAACAAGUCUGUUAGCACCGCCGUCGACACCAAUGACGGCGGUGUCGCUUCCUCAACAGACGCGAGCGGUGGCGCUGGCGCCGCGUCGCCGAGUGAUGAGGCAAGCACAAGGAGCUCCACGGACCCAGGGAGACUGGGCAUCAAGGCAGCCGCUGCAGGUGGUGGCGCUGGCUCGGCCGCGGCAAUCAAACAUACCCCACCUCGACUCAUGUUCGUAGAGGCCGAUGAGCUGCUCACCAAAGUUCCCUUCAGCGUACCGAAGGAGCUUAUCGAGCCGGCGCCAAAGGACGCAGACAGCAGCAGGGCCAGCUGA